CUUAGCCGUAUUUACUCUACUGUAAGAGACUGGCUACUGGUUCUCCCACACCUGUGUGUCAGAAAUAAAACCACUCGCACACAGUCUUUAGUACGAGUGAAACGUCGUCACGAUUUAUAUCACCGGCACCAGAAUCAGUGGAAUCUCAGUGGACCGAGUGAUGGAGGAAAGCCAUCACGAUAACCGCGGCUAACGGCUUUUCUCCACCAGCAGUCACUGACUUCACCGGGACACACGAUUAGGCUGUAGUUGAGGCCAAACAAAGUGGACAAGUUGCUGAGAUAAUAAUAAUACGCUAGGACUCGCAGUUCUCGGUUUGUUGGAGAGUGUCUGUGUGUACGCCGAGCAGCUUGUUUUAACUUUCGCACCAUACACAAUGGCAGAAGAGGAUAGGGUUGUCGUAAUAGGAAUGGACGGGAGUGAAUACUCGGACUACGCAUUUGAAUGGUACAUUCACAACGUCCACAAACCCAUCGACCACGUGGUCAUCGUCCACUGUCCCGAGUACCACCACGCCAUGUACGCCCCCCGCGAGACUUGUGUCACGGUUGAUCUCUCUACAGAGGCCCCGGUGAUGACUGACGUUGCCCUGAUGACGGAGAUGAUCCAUGAGGAGGAGAAGAAAGUCAAACAGUUCACCGAACACCUCGGACAGAAGCUCAAAGACGCAAAGAUAGGCGGUAAAGUAAGAAGCGUGUGCGGUAAACCAGGGGAGGUAAUUUGCAAGGUAGCUGAGGAGGAAAAAGCGCAGCUCAUUGUGACCGGAACUCGUGGCAAGGGCGUGAUUCGGCGCACCCUCGUGGGCAGCAUCAGUGACUACGUCCUGCACCACUCCCACGUGCCGGUGGUCGUCUGCCGACACAAGGACCAGAAACAUCACCAUCACCACCACUAGACGUGGACGGACCACCCACGUACUGCUGGAUAUUGUAUUAACAUAACUGGUCUAGGGAUGUGUUUCACAAUUUACUUUGUACUAUUAGUUCAUUAACUAAACAGAAGUAUUGUUCAUAGUUUACGGGGAAGAGAGUUUAUGGGUGUUUUUUUAUGUACAUUAGCGAGUUCAGACAUAUUGUUUGGUAAUUUUAGACUUUUGUUAAUGAGCCUAGAUAUCUAGAUAUACAUAUACACAUAUAUAUAUAUAUAUAUAUAUAUAUAUAUAUAUAUAUAUUAGCUGGUGAUUCUAGACAUUAGCUAGUGGUUCUAGACAUUAUCUGGUGAUUCUAGACAUUAGCUAGUGGUUCUAGACAUUAUCUGGUGAUUCUGGACAUUAGCUAGUGGUUCUAGACAUUAUCUGGUGAUUCUAGACAUUAUCUAGUGAUUCUGGACAUUAGCUGGUGAUUCUGGACAUUAGCUGGUAAUUGUAGAUAUUUGCUAAUGAUUAUAAACAGGUAGCUAGUGAUGCUGGUUAAUAACUAGUGAUUUGUCAUGGCUACUAGCUAGUGAUUCUAGACAUUAGCUAGUGAUUUAACAGUGGUGAUUCUAAUCAUUAGCUAGUGAUUCGAAAAAUGUGCUAGUAAUUCGAGACAUUAUCUAGUAAUUCCUGACAUUGGCUGGUGUUUUGAGACAUUACCUAGUAAUCUGACAUAGCCAGUAAUUCUAGAUAAUGUAAUAUUAGCUUGAAAAUGUAGAGAUUAUCUCAUCUUUUAAUGAAUCAAAACAGCUGCUGAUUCUACGUAUAGUAUUUCUAGACAAGUGAAUCAUGACAUCUAGUCGGUGAUUUAAGACACAUUGGUGUUUCUAAUCAAAAUGUAUGGUUAUUUUCGGUACACAGCUGUCCAUGAUUCUUGUCAAAGCUCUAUAACAUAAAGCUCCUCACGAUUAUCGACAUAUUAAUGAUGAUAGUUCCAAACACAGCUGUUUGUGAUCUAGAUACAGCUGGUUACGUGUUUGACACCUAGCUGUUUGUCUUGACUUACAUUCCACAAUAAUUUGACCAUUACCAUAAGUUUUGUUGUCAGUGAUUCAUGAGUGUAUACCACACCAAUUGUGUGAAUCCUCGCUGAGCUCUUGUCUUGUGCAUGUUUAAAUUUGUCAGACUACUCUUGGGAGUGGCAGUCCUCCUGCACUGUAGAACAUUAUCCUGAACCAAGGUUGUCCUAUAAUGUAGAAACAUAUAUUUAGUGGCAGUCAUCCUGCACUGUAGAAAAUUAUUCUGAAGCGAGGUUGUCCUAUAAUGUAGAAACAUGUUUAGUGGCAGUCCUCCUGCAAUGUUGAAAGUGUCAUGAGAAGUAGCAGUCCUUCUGUAGACAAAACACACGACAGUGAUUCAUACGACUUUGUCAGAACAUCCUUUGGACUGUCUAAUGCAGAGAUACAAUUAAUAAUUUGUAAUUGGCUUUUGAUUCAUAUUAUAGUGCACAGAAGGUGGACCAAAUCGACCUCACCGUCAUUACCAUGACUACAACGGCACUGACGUUAAUCAACAUCACGCUCCUUCAUUACAAACAUCGUUCACCUAAACAGUAUCAAGUCUCGUGUUAUACCCUAAUUUCUCAUUUUAUUUCAUUUGGCCUUGUAUGAAGGUCUAACUUUACAAAACUCUGAUUUCUCUCAUUUUACGACUGGCACAUCAAAGGCUGUUGUAUAUGCUAUCUUUUCUAUCAGUAAGUGCAUUUAAAAGACUUAUUGCUGCCUUUUCGUAAGGGUAGCCUAUGUGGCGACAGCAGGUUUCCUCUCAUAAUCUCUAGAUAGUCCAAAUAUCGAAAUAACGAUGUACUGAGAUGUCGUUAAAUUAACACCCCUUUUCUUUCUGUAUAUCAUUUUUUUAAAUGGAAUCAUUGUUACAUAAACUUGUCAUAUUCUAAAUGAAUUAUUAAUAAUAAAGUAUCUAUAAAAGUGUA